GGAGAGGUCCUGACUAACUCGGGACGGCUUCCAGGAGGCUGCCGAUGCCUCUUCCCCGGGUUUGAGGGCUGCGGGACGCCAGGGCGGCGGGUGGCGGCGGCCGGCUGCGCGCCUCGGGCUGUGGGGGAUCGUGUCAGUGGAAAUACGGCGGAAAAGCCCCUGUUUUAGCAGGUCUCCGCCGCCUUCGGCUUUUGGCUGCCGUUUCCUCACGGGCCGUUCUUCCGUGCCUUCAAGAGCAACCUUUUCAGUGCAGCAGUGCUACCGCGGUGGGUGAUUUCGCACCCUCCCGGCAGGAUGGGGUCUGGCUCAUCCUCUCGGAAGUCUGGCACGCUUCGUGCUGUGAUCCCGCACCGUCCAGCCCUUCAGCAGCUAUGUGAAGAGCCUUUGCAGGCGCACUGGAGUAUUAUCAGUUUUUAUGGUUUGCUGUUGGAAAUAUGCUUUGUAUGUAUUUUGGGAGUGUCUGGAUACAAACAGAAACUUCUCGGUUUAUUUAAGACGUGAUUCAGUAGGGUUCUGCUCAGCAUCUGAGAGAUGCCGGCGCCUUCAGCACCCAUGGCCUUCAGCAUCCAGCCGGGUCAUUCCCUUUGGUCUGCAAUGGGAAAGGUUCAGGUCAUAAUGGCGCUGGCGAAUUUCAUAGGCUUCAUCUGUCUAGUAAUACCCUAUCACACUCUCAUCUCAAACUGGAUUACCCUUCAGUUAAAUUUGUUUAGAAUGUGCUGUAAAUUAUUGAACAAACCUAAAGUGACCACCUGGGACUUAAAUAAUUUAUGUGGAACUACACAUGUGUUUCUGCUGGUUUGGCUAUAUGCAUUUUUAAAAGCUGGAUCGUGUCUAGUUUAUGUAUAGCCUUGAUGUAUGUAGUUUGAUAUAGUGAAGUGCUUAAAUAAUCAUCUAAGUACUGUUGAGCUAUAGCUGAGCUGCUGGUGCCUGUGGUAACAGGAGUGGUUACAAUACCCAAAGAGAAGGAUGAAAGCAGAACCAGCCAACUCAUACUCAUGAUAGUUAUUGAUUUGACACAAUGUUGUGCAUACUGACUGCUGGUUGAAUCAGGUUGCUACUGUUCCUUUUACUUUUCUGUUUUCUGAUUUUUUUCCUGACUGUUUUUGAGGAUUCAGAUAGCACAAUGAGAGGCCCUGAUCGCAACAUCUUGAUUUUGUUGCAGCAAAUGUAAAAAUUAUGCCCGUGUUUUCUGGAAAGGCAGACGGUUCACUUUCCUUGCAUUAUCAGAUAAUAUUUCUACUCGCCUGGUUGCCACCAGGUUGUUUCUUGUUCCACGUUGGACCAGCUGCCAGUUGCCCUCACUGGGAUUAUCCCUCUAGCUUGCAGCCUGGUCCUUUGUGCACACCUGAGGUGCUCCAGGGAGAUUUGGCUGAUGCUAAAAUAAUGAGAAAAUUAGAUAACAGUUUAAGCAUCCUUGCUUCAGAGACACUUCAGCUGAGUUAAACUGUUCAUCUUGGUAUCCUAGUUGCUUAUUUUGGUAGUUUGGGAAUCAGACAAACUUCCUAAAUUCACAUGGACAGUCCUUAUAAAACUUUGGGACUUGGGAUCUUUGCCUCUCCUUGCUCUUAAAGUUCAUCAAGACUUUUAUAUUCUCACCUAAUUAUUGUUGCUGAUACUUCUGGCUUGUAUUAUGUCCAUCUCCCAUUCAGAGUGCUGGUACUGAUGAUAUUUCCUGGCAUUGUGUGCUCUCUGUGUUAGCUCUCUAUAGGUGUCUCAGUUGUCUUUAUCUCUCAUUGUGUCCAUCUUGGGUUUCUCAUAAGGCGUUUUGCAGUUCUUUCUAUUCCAGUUCAUUAUUUUGUUUCUCACUGAAUGUUACCAUCUACUGUGUCUGCUUCCCAUGUACUUGCUUUUGUUCCCUUCCUCAUAGGUACUGUGGGCUUUCUGAGUUAAUGUUUAAAGCCACAAACCCAUCUGUGCAUGAAGUUCCUCAAACAGAGCACGUUGCUGGCAUGAUAGAACUAGAAGAAUAAAGAGAAGUUGGAUUGAUGAGAACUAUAAGAAAACGUACAACAGUUUGGAAUGGAUUGAUUUAUGAUACGUCUGAUACGUGAGGGCUACAUUUUGUGUCACUGUUGUCCAGCUGCUGCUGGAGUACUUCAGCUGACUUCAUUGCAGCAAGCCCAGCAGAUAGGUCCUCAUCACUAACAGAACAUAAGCAAGUGUGAUGCUGAAAUGAGAUGAGGCUCCGAAAUGGAACUGUGGCCACCGUGUUAGUUUUCAUCACUACUUUCCUCAGUUUGUCCUGGUAUACUGCAUGGCAAAAUGGGAAAGAAAAGUUGAUUGCCUAUCAGCGGGAGUUUCACGCUUUGAAGGAACGUCUGCGCAUCGCCGAGCACCGCACACUGCAGCGCUCCUCCGAGCUCAACGCCAUCCUGGAGCAGUUCAGGAGGGCUGUGGCAGAAACAAACAGCAGUAAGAAUGCAAUGAAUAAUUUUUCAGUUUCCAUUGUAAUGGGAAUACCUACAGUGAAAAGAAAAGUCAAGUCUUACCUUACAGAAACUCUCCACUCCCUUAUUGAUAAGCUGUCCCCUGAAGAAAAACUGGAUUGUGUUAUGGUUGUCUUUAUAGGAGAGACUGAUCUUGAUUAUGUUAACAGUGUUGUUGCAAGCCUGGAAAGAGAGUUUUCUACAGAGAUCAGUUCUGGCUUGGUGGAAGUAAUAGCCCCUCCUGCAACAUAUUAUCCUGACUUGACAAACUUGAAAGAAACAUUUGGAGACUCAAAGGAGAGAGUGAGAUGGAGAACAAAACAAAACUUGGAUUAUUGUUUUCUUAUGAUGUAUGCCCAGAAAAAGGGGGUUUAUUACAUUCAGCUUGAAGAUGACAUUGUUGUCAAGCAGAAUUAUUUCAGCACAAUAAAAAAUUUUGCGCUUCAGCUCGCUUCUGAAGAUUGGAUGAUUCUAGAAUUUUCUCAGCUGGGUUUCAUUGGUAAAAUGUUCCAAUCUCCAGAUAUCACUCUUAUUGUAGAGUUCAUAUUUAUGUUUUAUAAGGAGAAACCUAUUGAUUGGCUCCUGGACCAUAUCCUCUGGGUGAAAGUGUGUAACCCUGAGAAAGAUGCUAAACAUUGUGAUCGACAGAAAUCUAACCUACGGAUACGCUUCAGGCCUUCUCUUUUCCAGCAUGUUGGCCUCCACUCUUCUCUAGCAGGGAAGAUCCAGAAACUCACAGAUAAAGACUUCCUGAAACCAUUACUGCAUAAAAUCCACGUGAAUCCACCUGCAGAGGUUUCGACAUCUUUAAAAGUCUACCAGGGGCAUACGCUAGAAAAAACCUACGUAGGGGAAGAUUUUUUCUGGGCUGUCACACCAGUUGCUGGAGAUUAUAUUCUCUUUAAAUUUGACAAGCCAGUCAAUGUAGAAAGGUACUUGUUUCACAGUGGCAAUCCAGAACAUCCCGGAGACAUACUUCUAAACACAACUGUAGAAGUUUUGCCUUUUCAGAGUGAAGAACUGGUAUUAAGCAAAGAAACCAAAGACAAACGCUUAGAGGAUGGUUACUUCAGGAUAGGGAAGUUUGAAAAUGGUGUAGCUGAAGGAACAGUUGACCCCAGCCUAAAUCCUAUUUCAUCAUUCCGGCUUUCAGUGAUACAAAAUUCAGCUGUUUGGGCAAUUUUGAACGAGAUUCAUAUUAAAAAGAUUACAAACUGAUCAUGGAAAUCUGCUUUAGAGGAAAAAGAAAGAAUCCUUGAAAAUUCUUCCUAUAAAAUCUGACAUCCUUAGCAAGUCACAAAUUGAAAAUACUGAGCAUGCACCUUAUUCCAAAUGUCAUUCUUUUUCACUUGAACUCUACCUCUUGUGAAAUCUACUGUAGAUGAGAAGAUUGUAUUUACCCCUUCUUAUCUGAUCCAUCCAGAAACUGAUGCUCCACACUGAUAAUGUCUGUCCGAGGCCCAAGUUGUCCUCCACUGUAAUGUGACUUUACCAUCUUAUGGUUGCAGAACCCUGUUACGCUUAACCUGUACUAUUUUGAUAGUAUAGUAAUAUAGAGUUGUACAUAUUGUUACAUUCCUUGAAGAAAAAAAAAUAUAAUUAUUGUUAAAUAAGUUUUAUGAAGGGGGUACUUUCGGAGUUCCAUUUAUUUUCUAUAACAAGAACCCUCUUUUAUAGACUGUCAGGGAUAUAUAUUAAAAAUGCUAGGGAUAUUUAAUUUAUUAAAAUAAUUUGAAAAGUACAUAUUUUUAUGCAGUAAAAUUUUAAAUUGAUAUAGUUUUUUUAUGAAUUCUCUAGUUUAAGUUAUCUUUCUACAUUUUUCUUUGGAGAUGCAAACAUAAAUUAAUACCAUAUUUCAAAUAUACUGCCAUGUUUAAAAAAAACAAGAUUAAGUUUCUAAAUUAUGUAGUUUUAUACACAGAAUCUGAAUGAUGUUCAGAGGCAUAAAGAGUUCUGAAGAGCAUUAUUCUUUGGGGCUUAUGAAAUUACACUAUGUACAGUUUGUAGCCACAUAAAAAGCAUGUUGAAAUGUCUUGUUUCAUAUUAUGUACUAAAUCUGCAGUGAUUUUAGAUUGAAUCCAUUGCAUUUUAGAAGAAUUUUUUUUUUUACUCCAAACCAGUUCUUUCUAAAAA